AUGAAAAUGAACGAGUGGCGGAUUCCAAAAUUGGACAGCGCCAACUGUCUAUGGUACUUGUGCGUCGUAGGCAUCGUGGCGGUUGGCACCGCGUCCUACAACAUACCGGACGAGCUGGUACGGUGCUAUCGCGGAAACGCCACACUGCCGGGUCCACCGCACACCGUACAGUUGUUGCUCGAGUUGGUGCGCAAAAUCGAGCGCCACAAUCCGACCACACUCGAUAUGCGUCUCCUGAGUGCCGAGCUGAUCCACCGGUUACGGAUAGAUGGCAUCGAGAACGUGCCCGGAGUGGCCGAAACGCAGUGGAUCACACCGUACAGCCCGCGUGGUCUGAUGGUACCGAAGUACACGCUCCUUCGCCAGCUGGUCUCGCAAGUGCCGGGAACCAUCGAGUUUGAUGCGUUUCUCACGUCGACCGAAAUCUGCCACCUGCACCGAAUGCUAAGCAGCGCCGUGGAACCGUUUCAGCGUGAUGAUGAACGUAUCACCUGCCCGCAGACCCUGAUGAGUGCGGACGGCAAUCCUCAGGCCCCGUGGGUUACGCAGAACAAAGUCCAGAAAUCAAACACCAACCGAACCACCUUCGAUCGGCCCAUCUCCCGGUGUCCGCUAGAGCGGGGAACUUGCCACACGCGGGACUAUGGUACGAUCGCGCCCGGCAUCGUGAUCAUGUCGAUCGCCGCCGGACUGCAGCCACAGAACGUGCUCAUCAGCGAGUUCGUGACCGCCUACCGGAAGCGCAAUCUGUACGAGAACCUCGAAACGAUGGAAACGGCCGACACGCGCAAGCAGCUCGAGAGACUGUUCGCUUCGCUGGAAUCGAUCGACAACAUGUACGCGGCCGGACUGGUGGGCGAUCUGGCGGAGGUGUGCUUCUAUCAGGGGCCGACGCAGGUGACGAACGUGAGCGUCGGAUUGGCCGGAGCCUGGAACGAUACCUACCUGCCGAGGGUUCGCUACCUGGCCGAGAAUCACGGUGGCCGCUGGGAGAUGACCGACAGCGAGAUUCUUGCCGGUAUCGAUGGCCACUAUCUUGCCCACAAUGUACCACAGUUCGUGAAGCGGCUGCGGCGCUUACGGCUGUCCCAGGUGCUGGAGAUGUACUACAGCGAGCGAGGCAUUCCGGUGGCUUCGAUCGAGAACAUCGCCCGGCGUCCUCGUCCAACGAAGCGCCCGACUGUUCGAGAAGAGCUACGCGUCGGUCAGUACUCGGACCGUGAACCCUCGGGGCGAGGCCGGACCGGAACCGGUGGCUCUCGGUUUCGCAGUGUGUUCGAUGAGGAGCGCGAAGAGGAUCAGCACGCUCCCGAGAUCACACGUGCCUGCCAGCGACGAGAAAUUCUGCGAUCGAUCGAACUCGACAAACUGAAGCUGGAGACGUACAAGUUUGUCGAGCUGUUGCAGUACGCCACCGGAAGCGUGAUCGUCUCCGAACCGCUGAUGCAGCAGAUAUGCGACGCGACGGUGGAUCGCUUCUACGAACAGGCCACUUUGCUGUUGGACACGGUGUCCAGCUGCCUGACGGAGGACACGGCUGAUGCCGAAACCGUUCGCAAGCCGAACGUGGAUCUUACCGUGGUGCUAGAUGGUUCGCGAGACGAGUACAUGAACCUGCAGCUAGUAUCAUUUCUGGUGGAACUGAUCGAUGUCUCCUACUACGGUUCGUACAUCUCGGUCGUGAACGGUGAGACGGGCCAGUACAUGGUGAACAGGACCAACAGCGUUGCCGACGCCUUCGAACAACUGGACCGUUUCCGAGGAUCAUUUCCACGUCAGCUGUCGCUCUCGAGAAGUUUUGCCGCCAUUGUAGAAAACCUUGCGCGCCAAACGGACACGGAGCGGGCCAGCUUCAUGGUCGGAGGAAACGCGCCGGUAAUACUCGUUUUUGCCCAGUCUCACCGCGUGACUACCGCUGACUUUGAAAGUGCCCACCGAAUGUUGCGAGGUUCUUUCGAACAGUUUGCCGAUCUCUACUUCGCAUUCAUCACAAACGAUCCAGCCAACUUCAGGCAGUUGAUAACGUUUAAUGACACGUUCCACAGUCGAUCACUGGAAGAACACUACAGGAUCAUCGAUUCGUCACGAACAACGAUCGCGAGCUUUGAGAACGAAAUCGCCGCAGUUGUGAAGAGCAUCCCGCAGCGAUUGGUGGUAGCGGACUGUCGUACUACCGAUAACCGUGACGUUUGGCGGGACCAGCUGGUACGCGAGGAACUGGAGCAGUAUCUUACACCGGGUGUCGAGCUGCGCUAUCGGCUAGUGAACACGUUUAUGCACAACGGUGGCGACGUGCGGGUGCAGUUUAUGACCACGGACUAUGGGGAAUUUACCGUGUGCGAAGCUCGUGACUGGCGGGCUACUCCGACCAACUGCCAGACGACGGGUCCGGGCCAGGAAAGUCUGUGGUUCAAUUUCACUCGCCCGUGCGGAGGAGGGAUCGAAGACCCGGCUUGUCGAUCGAUUUAUUUCACGGUACGCAUGGAGAGUACGAACAUGCUGUGUAACGAAAACGAUUGCCAGUUCCCGGACCAGGUGCGUUUCGUUCUGCGCCACGAGGGCUUGCGCUGUCGAAGCGACGGCAGUGGAGCAAUGGCGUCGCUAGACGCCCGUUUGUUCGGCAUAUUCUUUACGAUAGCCACAAUAUUUAGUAUGUCUUGGAUUUAAUGAACUAGAUUCUUUACUGA